GAUAGUUGCAUAUUGGCAUCUGCAGUGAAGAUCAAAAGUUCUUACCAAACGCACACCGCGUGGAUUACACACAGAAUUUUUGGAUUAUUUAAAAAAGCUCAAAUAGAAGACCUGCAAAGAAAUGAAUUUCUUGUGUGCGAUCUCGGCAGUGAUCUUGGUCAGUGCGGUGGGUGCAGCGCCACAGCAGCAAGGAUACAAUUACAACAGGAAUCAAUACAAUCAACUCUCAGUGCAGCCACUCCAGGGGAAUCCAGGACAACAGCAGUACAAUCAGGGCUUCUCGCAGUCACGCAAUAGCGUGCCGAUCACAUCGUACACCAAUGAGGUGAAUCACGAUGGCUCCUUCACGUACUCCUACACCACGGGAGACGGUCAAGGGGCCCAGGCGCAGGGCUACCUCAAGAAUGCCGGCAAUAAGGAUCUCGAGGCACAAGUUGUGCAGGGUUCCUACUCCUACACAGCCCCCGAUGGAACGCCCAUCUCCGUGAAGUGGUUUGCCGAUGAGAAUGGCUUCCGGGCGGAGGGUCUGCACCUGCCGACACCACCCCCAAUCCCCGAGGCGAUAGCCAAGUCGCUGCAGUUCAUCGCCCGAGCGCAAAAUUUGCCACAGAGUGGCUACAAUCAGUACCAGAACGAUCAAGGUUUCAAUAAAUACGGCUGAUGAGGCAACUUCUCCCAGCAACAAAAAAAAAUUGGGACACCAUCCACUUCUUCGACACCACGGAUUCUUCUAUGUAAAUACGACGCCUUCAUUGCGAUUUCCUCAUUCAUCCCAAUACCAGGUGAAUAUGCUGUGUACGUACAAUCAAACCACCAGCAAAGAUUCCUCCCAAAAAUAAAUUCCAACAUGUUGUGUAAUAAAUUUUCCACUCAAUCUGAUUAUAUUUAAAACAUAUUUUCCCUCCCAUGUAGAUCAAGUUUUAUAAUAAUAUCAAAAAGAAUUUUAUUAUAUUAUUGUUUAAAAAGAAAUGUGAAUGCUGUAAAUGUCGAGAUAAUAAAACUACAAAGGACUUUUCAUUGAA